ACCAGGCCGGGAAGCACAGGGAAUGUCCGGGUUGGAGGUGGCUGAGACGCGAGCGGUGUUGCGGCCAGGGUGGUUGUGCGUUGUGGACUUGGGGUGGCUCGUUGCUUACCGAGAUGGCCGGGCAGGAGGAACAGGCUGUAAAGUACUAUACUUUGGAAGAGAUUCAGAAGCACAAAGAUAGCAAAAGCACCUGGGUGAUCCUGCACCACAAGGUGUACGAUUUGACCAAGUUUCUGGAAGAGCAUCCUGGCGGGGAGGAAGUCUUAAGAGAACAAGCUGGGGGUGACGCUACAGAGAAUUUUGAAGAUGUUGGUCAUUCUACCGAUGCUAGAGAACUGUCUAAAACUUACAUCAUUGGUGAGGUCCAUCCUGAUGACAGAUCAAAGUUAGUCAAGCCUUCGGAAACUCUUAUUACUACAGUUGAAUCUAAUUCCAGGCUGUCUUUCCAAAUACAAAGUGGAGAACUCUCCAAACCUCAUUGGUGGACCAACUGGAUUAUCCCAGCCAUCUCAGCCCUGGCUGUUGCCAUGAUGUAUCAUUUCUACGUAGCAGAAGACUGAAGACCUCUCAAAAGACGAGGAGAAUGAAGACUGCCUUGGACAAGAGAGAAAAGAAGCCAGUGUUAAUCACUUCCACUGACAGAAAGUUUCACCUGAGAAAAUAAUUUUAAUAUGUCUUUUUUCUCUUCUGUGUUAGAAAGAACCAUUCUUUCUAGUCCUCCUACACUUUUCAGAUGUGCCUUUUUAUUCAUCAGCCUUAUUUGAUGUUUCUUCACUACAUAAUUUACUUUUUAUGUAAUCUUUUUAAAUAUAUCUGGCUUUAAAGUA